AUGCCGUUGUCCAUGUCCUGGGUGCGCAGGCUUCUUAUACCAGUUAUAUUGAUCAGUACUCGUGUCGCUGGACAGGAGCAAUCGCCGAUUUGGCUAGAGCAGCAGACAAUCUAUGCUGCGGUCAACAGUUCGACACUCAAUUGUGACAGAGCCGCAAUCGGACAGCAGAACGUGCACCGCGGCAUACCUCCCGAAGGUUCUAGCACAAGUUAUUAUAGUACACAGCAGCAAGAACUACACCCUCUAUGCAUUGCUGCACCCGAAACGGCCGAACAGAUAGCCAAGGCAAUAAUCACUGUCAAGGACCAGGAAUGCCCAUUCGCUGUGAAAAGCGGCGGCCACGCAGCUUAUGCGGGCGCUUCAAACAUUCAAAAUGGGCUCGUGUUCGAUCUGCGGAACUUGAAUAGUGUCCAUAUUUCCGAAGAUAAGUCUAUAGCGUCUGUUGGCUCGGGAAAUAGAUGGAUAGAUGUCUAUUCGGUCCUGCAAGAGCACAAACUGGCCGUUGCCGGUGGCCGCAUAGCAUCAGUCGGGGUUGGCGGGUUUCUGCUUGGAGGGGGAUUGUCGUUGUAUAGUCAAAAGUACGGCUGGGCUGUAGACAAUGUGCGAAACUUUGAGGUUGUUUUGGCAGACGGUGCUAUUGUCAAUGCAAAUGCCGAUACCAAUUCAGAUCUGUUCUGGGCGCUCCGAGGCGGCGGCAGCAAUUUUGGCAUUGUGACUCGUUUCGACUUGCAGACACACCCAUUAGACUUGGUCUGGGGAGGCACUGAAUUAGUCGCAUUGUCAGACCUUGCCUCGCGCCAGAGUGCGUUGAAUCUCAGAGAGCCAUUUGACUGGACGCUGCGGUCAGCAUCCAACAACAUGGGUAGAGUGCUCCGUCAAGGGUUGUGCUUUAUCGGAAAAUGCGUCCACUCCAGAGAUUUCAUAAACCAUUUUGUGAGGAUGGCCGAGCAGCCAGAUACCAAUGCCCACAUGUACACUUUCUUCGCUUGGUUUCCACAACUUCGAAUGAUGGGAGCAGGAGGUAGCCAUGCUUAUCUCGCGCCAGUUGCCGAGCCACCUGCAUUUGAAAACAUGACAUCAAUGAACACCUUUUUCUCUACGACGAAACUCAGGACAUUGACAGACUUGGUCAAAGAGCUAGAUGCGUUUACCCUCUCGGGUUAUCGGACCUAUUGGGACACAUUGACUUUCAAAGUGGACGCAGAAUUGAUCUCAAAGUUAUGGGACAUAUUCCUGGAAGAAACCCACGAGAUCAAAAAUAUACCAAACUGCCAGCCAGCAACUAAUAACCAGCUGAUCACUAAACGUCACAUUGCGUUAUCCGAAAAGGAUGGGGGAAAUCCAAUGGGAAUUAAAUCGGAAGAUGGACCGUUGUUCCUAUUCAGCAUCACAGUUACAUACACGGACCCCAUGGACGAUGCCAGGAUGAGGAACGCCGCGCAAAAUGUUAUGUCUCGAGCGAAAGCACUGGCUCAGGAGAUGGGCUUGUACCAUCCCUUUGUGUUCAAGAACUAUGCCAAUGGCGAAACAGAUGUCUACGCGGGAUAUGGAGCAGAGAGCCGGCAGAAGCUGAGAGAGAUUCAAAAGAAGUACGACUCUGCUGGUGUGUUUUCGCGAUUGCAGCCAGGAGGUCAUAAGCUAUAG